AUGAAGGAGGAGAUUGCUGCUGCUGUGUUUUUUGUAGCUAGGCUGGUGAAGAGAUACGGCUGUCUGGAUAAUGACAGCAGGGAGCAUUUUGCUGCUGCUCUCACAUCUGUUUUGUUUGAGAAGUACAAGAACCACUGGCACCCGAACGCACCCACCAAGGGACAGGCCUACAGGUGUCUACGUAUGAACGGUGUGCGUCUGCAGGACCCGGUGUUGCAGCAUGUCUGUGAGCGGAGUGGGGUGCAGUACGAUGACUUGGGGUUGCCUCAGGAGCUGACGGUGUGGGUCGACCCAGGAGAGGUGUCUUGCAGAUACGGUGAACACAGCACACCGUUCUGCGUCUCGGUGGUGGACAGCUGUCGGCGUGGAGAUGGGGAUUUUUCCCGUCGCAUCCAUGAUGCCGUAGAGCGGGCCAGCCUUGAUGUUCAAUCGGGAAGCUCUUCAGAUGAGGAGGACAGUGUGGUCAACAGCAUGAGCAGCAGUAGCAGUCUAUCUGCUCUCUGCCCUGCUCCAGUCCCACCCAGCAACCCUGAACCCAAAACCAUCCCAACUGUCAGCAACCCCAACAGUGUCUACCGGUUCAGUGAGUUUGCUCCAGGCGCCCCUCAGACCUGGCUAACUUACCCCAAGAGGAAGCCCUUUGCUGGGGAUGCACUCCCACCUCAUGCUCCGCCACCUGGAGGUCUGACCUCGCAGUUCUCCAGCCAGAAAAGCUUCAAGUCCUAUCGAGCCACCUUCACAUUCACCGGGCCUCGUGUGGACAAGUACCACUGGGUCAGCAAAUCCCGAUCCUAGAGCCAA